GUGUUGCAGAAAAUGCAAAACUGUUACACUUGUCAUGCUGGACAUGCAUCCGAGGCUAAUUCCGUACGUGUUUUCAAGUACUAGCUACGCAUGAUAGGUUUUCUGUGUCAUGCUCCUGCAGAGCAAAUUUGUGAUGCUAUUCCUCCAAGAAACUUUACACAGUUUUUUUCUUGCAUACAACAGGCAGUACGAUCAGUACACGCUGGACAUGAACACGACCAUCUCUGUGUAUGACCCGCUCAAAUCGGUUACCAUCUCAAAUCGGUUACCAUAGAAUCUGGGUUUUGUAUUGCAUGAUGAGCAUGACAGACUCGGACAGCAUUCCACUUUCUGCAAUACAAAUUUCGCCAGAUUGUGGUGCGGAUUGGGACUCCAGAACUUGUCAUGCGCAAUCCUAUGGGAUUAGGGUAGAUCAUGCACUUCUUGCAACACAAAUUCCAGAUUCUAUGGUAACCGAUUUGAGAUUGUAACACCUGAGCAGGUUAUACUGUGGGCAGCUUUCUCCUAAUAUUGGCGAUAAUUAUCGCCGGUGUUAUGUGCCAUCUGCGAAUGCGGGAGGCGGCAGAGGCAAGGCAACGGGAAAGGGAGCUGAUGUUAGACGAGGAAGAAAGCGGGACGGAAGAGGGAACGUUGCUGGUGGUGCAACAGCAAAAAGAACCUCUGGUAGUCCACUCUACUCCCGCAGGUGGAGCACAGCAACCGUCUUCUGAAGGACCUUCGGGAGUAGAGAAUAUGGAAGUGCGCAACAACUCCCGCUCGUUCUCAUUUCUCAUUACAAAAUACCAAAUCCAGGCUUUGCCUCUUCGAACUGUUUGCAUGACAAGUUCUGGCUGCAGCUGCCCAAAUGGCACUACAAUGCCGUACAGAUUUGUCAUGCAAAACAUGUAUUCCUUGACCUUUUGCUUUUCCUGCUGACGCUUGUAUUGCUGCUCAUAAAUACAAGUGCGGGGGAGGGGGAGCUGUGCACAUUCAUAGAGAAUCAUCACGAGCUUCUACAUGGAGAUCCCCCCGACGGUGUGGAUCUUGAUGCUCCUAGAAAAGUAAGUGAGGAACUUCUACCAGCUUCGAAUGAACUGCAAGAACCAAAAAGAGUAGAACUACAAACCUCGUCAACUUUACUUCCCGACUUGUCGGGGCAGCUAGCAAGCACCACUUCGGAGGUUGUUCUUGUACGAAGCAGCGAGAUGAAUCAGCACGAGGAGGAGCAAGACGUUGAAAAAGAGGAAAUAUUAGAACCAGCUGAAAUCAAGAAAACAGGUUUCGUCCGGCGAUUUCUGCGCAUGGUCGGCGUUACGAGUGGGCCGGGGAAGGCGAAACAAGCGGGAAAUAUGGAAACGAGUACUGCGCUGCAAAAUGAAACUGAAACUUCUAGAACUGCUUCGACGCAGCAGCCCAAUAUUAAAACGCUAGAGGAACUUCGGAAAGAAAAAACUCUCCAGCGGAAAAGGAAUCACAAGGCGAAAAAAUUGGAACGGAAACAACAGCGAGAGAGGCUGUUUCACCCCGAAAAAGUGAAGCGAGAAAAGGCACGGGAGCUGCUGGCCGCCAUGCGGAAAUUGCGACAGCAAGAAAAGUAUGAAAUGCAAAUAUGUCUGGGUCUGGAAGAGUGGAACUUGUAAUGCUGUCUGCGGAUUCUAAAAAUAUCUGUGUUGCAUGAGCAGCAAGAAAAGUGAGUUCUUGGCACGCGGAGAGGGCAUUUCUGAUGCGUAAUCAGCAUGAAGAAGCUCUAAAAAAAUCUGUGAUGCUAGCACCACCAUCACAGACCUCACGGGUCAUGCAAAAUGUGCAUGACAAGUCCCGGCUCUUCCAGACCCAGACAUUUUUGCAUUUGAUAAAAAGAACCUUGCGGUCGUGGCGAAGGACCAGCCUGCUGUGGUCCCUACGGACAAUGCCUUUCUCCCGCGCUCUAUGAAGAGAAAAAAGUUUGUCACAGUCACUAAGUUGCAGGUUUUGCAUUACAAAUUUUUUUAGCAUCACAACUUCUCCUUGUAUUGCAGAAACACUAGGGAAAUCCCUUAUGAAGUGUGGCUGUGAUGCAUUUUUACGCAUGACAGACAAUUUUGUAUUGCAAAAAUGCCCAUGUUGAGUGAUCGUGACGAACUUUUUUCUUUUGAUACGCUCGCGAUCUCUGAUCAGUCUGCAGUCCUCGCGUCCGAGCUCGUCCGCGGGAGAUAUGGCGUUCUCAAACGUUACAUUCUCAACUGUUACAUGAAUCUGUAAUGCAAGAAUGGCAAAAGCAAAAGGGGGAAGAUUGCAAAAAUUGCAUUACAAACGCCGCGCAGAUUUAGCUUUAGGUGCUGUUUAGCCCCUCGCAAAUUUGUCAUGCGAAGCAGCUUGAUCUUGUGGAUGAUGAUGGUAAGUAGUUUUGCAUGACAAAUUCAUGUUGUAACAGUUGAGAGUGUAACGCUUGAGAACUCCAUAGGAGAUAGCUCGGGAACGGAUCAAGUAACUUUCGCACCACGACCCGCGUCGAAGAUGCAACCAAAAAGUGCUACAGAUCGACCGGCGACGCCGACCUCGCUCGCACGCCCAAGCAGCCUGCUGAGUCGGACACAAAGCAGCAAAGAUAUUAAGUCCGAUAGCAAGAACAGUGCGGGACCAGGAGUUCAUCUACAGCAACAGGAAAAUAAGGAUGAGAAACUGCGGUACAAAACGCCACUAGGGGCGGCUAGUUGUACAACCGGCCUUUUGGCUUCAAAGAAGAGCGUCAAAAAAUCAGUUCGUCCUUUGCAGGGGGCAAAAACUUAUCAAAUGCAAAAAUGUCUGGGUCUGGAAGAAUGCAACUUGUGAUGCUGCAUUUGGAUUCCAAAAAAAUUUGUAUUGCAUGAGUAAGUAGCAAAGAGAAUGUAAUUUUUGCUACGCGGAUAGGGCAUUUGUCAUGCGAAAUAGGCAUCAAGAACCCCUCGAAGCAUCUGUGAUGCUAUGGCAUGCAUCACAGACAUCAUGGCUCGUGCAGAACGUGCGUGACAAGUCUCAGAACCUCCCAGACCCAGACAUUUUUGCCUUUGAUAAAACUACAAUGUGUGCCACUGUUGGCCAGCAACAUAGUCCCGUUCGCAGCGCUAUCCUGUGCAAAAGUAUCGUACUCGUAUAAAUGCAAGGCUUGCAUUACAAAUCUUGUUCCCAAGGGAAAUCUGCAUUACAAAUUUUAUUUCUCAUGCUGAGAAAAUUUGUAAUGCAUUUAUACGAGUACGAUACUUUUGCAAUGCAUAAGCGCCGGAGCGUCUUCCUCGAACUCGAUACCCGGAGUGGAACCUCAUUUAUUCGGGGUUCAAGGUGUCGCUUCUAGUCCUGGAGCAACCACCAGAAGAGCAAGCGCAAAGAAGCCUCCAGUACUGAAAAAUCAAGACUUCAUGCUUACACUGGAACCGGGUAAGCAAUUGGAAUGAAUUCAUUUGGGCGGGAUAAUUUUUUGGCGAGGCCGACAAGAUUUUUGUGCAGCGCGCUUCUAAUUUUUGCAUGACAAAAGAAAAGGAACUCAUAAGCCACUCGUGCUCUCAACACUGUACACUCUCCGAUUGGAGGCACCAUGCAAAAAAAGCAAUGACACAAAAGGCGUUUUAUGUAUAAGAUUGCUCUUGUCGAGGACAAGAAAAGUGAAACAAGCGCGUUUGUUUAUUCUUGUUACCUUGACUACAACGAAAAAAAAAAUUAUCCCGAAAAUUUUUCAAUCCACACCUGAAAACAACGACGCGGUGGAGCGACGCGCGAACAGGCUGAGAAAACAGGAGGCAGUCGAGGCGCACGGUGGUAUCAAAUGCAAAAAUGUCUGGGUCUGGAAACUUGUGAUGCUGGGUGGCGUCAUCUCAUGAUGAGGCUACAAAUGCUGGCUCAGCAUGACAAGUUUCUGAGCUCCUAGGUUUUGCGUAUUCUGCAUGACAAACAGCGCUUCUGCAUCACAGAAAAACGGAGCUUUUGGGUGGCGUGCAUGACAGAUUUAAGAGUCAUGCCAGACAAGCAUGACAAACAUGAAUUCUUCCAGACCCAGACACUUUUGCAGUUCAUAGGUGGUAGUGGGCAACAAUUUCAUCUACCAGGCUACAAUUUUGCAGGCGGAGCCGGCGACCAUUUUCAGUUUAAAGCGUUGAAACAACAAGCUGUUGUUGGACCUCCUCCGGGUGGCAGUUCUGGAGGACCUGCUGUUCCAGGGCUAUCCUGAGUAAAAACGUACCCACCCCAUACUUGUCAUGCAAUUCUGCAUGCUGAAGAUGUUUCUCAUGUGGAGCCCCAUGAGAAGCGUUUUCUAAUCGUGUUUUGGAAUUUGUUAUGCUCCAAUCAGCAUGAUAUGCUAGAUUUGCGAUGCUAGUGAACUAGCUAAACAGGAUUACACUCUGAGACCAAACUUGUCAUGCGACACAACCAAAGCUGGCCGAUUUGUAUAGCAGAUUUCCCAUCUUGACUCUGGUGUGGGGACGUUUUUACUCAGGAUAAGGGCCUGUAGGUGGUCAUCUUCAUGCUGCACAAGGAGGAACUACCGGAGUUCCCGCCAGCUACAGCUCUGCAUAUCAAAGAAAAAAAGUUCGUCACGAUCACUCAUGCGCAUUCUUGCAAUACAAAAUUGUUUGCCAUGCGUAAAAAUGCAUCACCGCCAGACUUCAUUAGUGAUCUCCCUAGUGUUUCUGCAAUACAAGGAAAGUUUGUGAUGCUGAGAAAAUUUGUAAUGCAAAACCUGCAAGUUAGUGACUGUGACAAUCUUUUUUCUUUCCAUACUGCCUUCAUGCCCGCUAAUAUGCCCCCACCCCCUCCUUAUCAACUGCAAAACUGUCUGGGUCUGGAAGAUUGCCAGGUUUGUCGUGCAUAUUUUGAAUGGCCCAUGAUGUCUGUGAUGCAUGCCCUAGCAUGAUCACAGAGUUUUAGAGGACUUUGUGAGGCCUCUACCGCAUGAGAAAUGCCCUCUCCACGUAGCACAAACUGGAGCUGUCCUUUUGCUGGUCAUGCAAUACAAAUUUUUUUCGAAUCCAGAGACAGCAUUACAAUCUUCCAGACCCAGACAUUUUUACAUUUGAUACUCCUAAUAAGCCAGGGUACGAUGACGCUUGGGCCGCGUACUACCGAAUGCUCUACCUGAAUCUAUUCUGAGUAAAAACGUCCCCACCCCAGAGUUGUCAUGCAAAUCUGCAUGCCAAAAAAGUUUCCCAUGCGGAGGCCCAUGAGAAGUAUUUUCUAGUCGUGUUUUGGAAUUUGUGAUGCUAGAAUCAGCAUGAUGUGCUCGAUCUGUGAUGCUGCUGAACUAGCUAAAGAGGAUUACACUCCGAGGACAAAACUGUCAUGCGAAACAGCAAAAGCUGGGCGAUUUGUCUAGUAGACUUUCCAUCUUGACUAUGGGGUGGGGAGGUUUUUGCUCAGGAUAGAAUCCAGCUUUUGUCCCACCCCCGGCAGGAGUUGCUGCUUUCCCAGUCGUGCAAAACAAAAGCAAGAAGCAUCAACAACCACAGGCUCUUUACAGAGCUGAAGAUCACCAGGAUCAGCAGCAGCAGAUAGAUGUUGCACAUCCGCAAGGUGGUCCGAGUGCUGACCACACAAGUAGUGCAGCAGCUCGGAUGAACUACAACAUCAAAAGCGCAUUUCCACCAGCUACUCCGGAGACUUCAAGUAGCGUCAAUCUUCAAGAACUGCUAAGCGACCGGUAUGUAUGGGUAAACAGUACUAACCGUCGUCCUUCUCCAUCGACGCUGCAGAAGGAAACAGGGACCACGAAAAGAACCUCUGCUGAGGAAAGAAAAAGCACUCCCCAGCCCGCGGACCCUUUACCCAAGCGGAAAACUACGUCGAGCUCUUUUCAGGAGGACGAUAGCCGUCCCUCAGAACAAGAUGACGGCAAGAAUCUGAAUCGCGUGGACGAUUAUAGCCUGAGUGAUGUUCGACUACAGGCGGGGUCACAGAUGAACAUCAAGAGUUCUUCAUCCGGAAAAACUUUCUCGUCCUCAAACUUUAGCCGGAGCACGAACACUGCGACAUCAAGUUCAUCCUCGAUCAAAGUGAAGCUUGCACGACCUGCUCCAGGGGGGCAGCCAGCGGAUCUCGCCGCGUUUUCUCGAAAUAAAGUGGAAAGAGCAGCGAGUUCGACUACCAGUCGCGGCCGCGUGAUUGAUGACAACAACGAGACGACGAAAACAUCGCACCCCUUGAAUUUUCCUGCUGCAGCAAGCGGGACUACGACGAAAGGCAACAAAGCGCCGAAAGCGAGCCAGAAAACGGCGAGCACUGGAGGUGGUCCCUCGACCUCUUCGGGCAUCAAGAUAGACCACCAAUCCACCGCGAACAACAAGACGACAAAUAACGAUGGCAAAGGUGGACAAGAGGAGCUGCGCGUCAGGAAGACGCAAGACGGCCGAGUCGUGGUGAGUAUGAGAUUCAUAUCGUGAGGAAAAAUCCCCCCUCCCCAUACCAAAAAGGGACACUUCUGAAAUAAAUUUGUGAUGCUGAUUUGUGAACACAAAUCGUUUCUGUAUUGCAAGAAGGCCAAAAAUUCAGCGACCCUGCCGCAUCAUGCAGGCGGUUUGCGAUGGUGCUAUGGGGCCUGCAGAGUACACAUUUACCAUGCUUGCCACGCGCCUACGUCAAAACCCUUCUACUUAGGCUUGGUAUGGGCUUGCAGUCCUCUACUGCAAGACAGACCUGAUUUGUGUACACAAAUCCAGCGUCAGAUGCUUCCUUUUGAUGAUAUGGGGAGGUGGAGAGAUUUUUCCGUCUGAUAAUUCAGCGACAGCUCGGAGGGGUCGCAGUAGUAGUAGCCUACGAGGAGGUGGAACUUCUAUUCAGGAGGACUACAGCGCAGGAAAGUAUCAUUACAGUCUAUUAUUUCUUCAUUCGAAUUCUUAUAUCAUUCAUAAAGUUCAGUUGAAAUUAUAGACGAACGGCCUGCAGAGUUCAAGCUCAAGUUCGAGUUCCUGCUCAGAGUUCAAGCUCAAGUUCGAGUGUUGCAUGAACAGCAACACAAGCGCUGGCAAACAAAGAUGCAGCUUUGGCAUGACAAAUUCCUAGAUGAUUGUAGUGCUGUUUUGGCUUUCGGAAUCUGUCAUGCAAAGAGUGCUAACAAGCAGAAGGUAGUUCCUGCCUGGAGAAGAAGAAGUGCGAA